AUGGUCUCUCUACGAGAGCGUAAAGCAAGAGCAUCCUACUCUAAUGUAGCUGAUGGCCUAGAGAAUCUCUCUUCCGAAGACGAACAAGCUGGACCAACAAAUCACGCUUCAAAGGCCAAUUCACCAAAUUCAGAAGACGAGGGAGAUCAAGGGGACGAUACGAGUUUCUCAUCUGGUGAAUCGAGUGAGUUCAAACCUGAUAGUCCAGAGAAGAAAGGCAAAGGAAAGGAUAGAGCAGAUGGAUCGCAGAAUGGUGAAGCUGAAGAUGACGAGAUGGAUGAAGACGAAGACGAAGACGAAGAUGACGAGCCAGAUGAAGGGGGUAUAGAAGAUGAUGACAUCGAUCCUAGUCUAAGAGAAAUGAGCGGUACACCUGCACCAAGAACCAAAUUACCAACCAAGAAUAAAAAGGUUCCUCCAGUCAGACCCGGUGUUUCACUGGCGGCACCACCGAUACAUGGACAAUCCGAAAUCAGUUUACUGAGUUUGCAGCAUCGAGCGUUAAUCCAAGCUUCUUCCGUACUGUUGACCAAACCAAAUACGACUACCAAAAACCUAGACAACGAACGACAUCAAGCUAGAGAUAGGGAUCAAUCGAGGGUACAUGCACCUAGCAUUUUCCCAUCGGGUCAUCAAGUACCGUUUGAAACCAGAUUAACGGCCAGUCCCAAUAAUGGUUGGGCAGGGAAAGGUGAAAUACAGUGGAUUGAUCAAAGUGGACCUAGUUGUCAACGAAAUGAAAGGAGAAGGAAUGACGAUUGGGAUAGACAUAUGUAUCUGACAUUUGGUUCGCCAUGGGAAGAAUGGAGAGGUGAAGGUUGGUUUCCCGAAUUGUUCGUAGGGAACGAAGAUGAAUUAGAAGAGAAGGAUAGAGGGAAGAGGGAAAAUUGGUUGUUGAGAGAUGAAGUUAGAUUAGGAUUGGAUGAUAUUGGAAGAUGGACGAAAGAGGAAUUACAGUUUCUCACCGAAGAUGAAGCAGAAGAAUCAUAUCUCCCCACGCCCAUAUACCGCAAUGGCGAAAGUCACAUAACGUGUCAUAUGGGUCCUCACGAUCAACAGUCCGCUCAUACCUUCUCAUUAUUCCAGUCGAGAUCAUUGGCCGAGACCAACCCCGUUGUACCUCACGAAGGUCAUACGUUUUUCGCUGGCGGUCCUAUAUGGGGGAUGGAUUGGUGUCCGUAUCCAGACUCCAAGUCGGCUGACUUCGGCUUUGAGCAAUAUAUAGCUGUAUCUACCCUCCCUCACCUGGACACUCGUCCUCAUAUGGCUGAGAAGUGGCCUCAAUCAUCCAAAGGAUCGAUACAGAUAUGGUCAUUAUCCCCUUCGUCCGCAGAUACACCUAUGGAUGGAUCGUCUCAGCAGAGCAGGAUGACAUGUGAGAUGGUACUGUGUGUGAAUGGCGGACCAGCUAUGCAGCUCAAGUGGAUGCCUCUGGGUGUAUGGGAUGAUUAUGAUGUUUCUUCGAUCGGUCAGGCAGAGUCAAAGAUACCCAAAUCAGGUGUAUUAGCUGCGAUACAGCUGGAUGGUUCAGUAUCAUUCUAUUCUGUGCCGCAUCCACGAUUUGUCCCCAGAAACCAAGAUCAUCCAAGAUUCAUAAAAAUGGACGAACCCCUGCUUCGACUCGAGAUCCCUGAUGCGAUGGCGAUGUGUCUUGAUUGGAUGACGGGAACGAGGAUAGCAGUGGGGUUAUCGAACGGCCAUUUGGUAAUUUGGGAUAUAUAUGACGCACUCAAGGCUGGCAAUGCACAGGAUAUCUUCCCCGUGUUGUACACUUCAGUCGCUGUAUCUGCUAUACGGUCGAUCUCAGUUGGCCGAUUACCGCCUUCUGAGAAGCAGCUGGGCGGCGAGCCCUUCUACGUCUUGAUGGGUGCAUACGAUGGAUCAACGACAUUGUUGGAUCUCAGAGAUCCCUCCUUCCCAAUCGAACUUAAUAAAGCCCGAAUACCAUGCAUGGCAGUUAAAUGGAUUGCCCAAAUGGCUUCUCCGGCUCUAUGCGAUAUAGAUUACAUCAUUCAGAUUAUCAAGACGCGAGGUGCUCAUUCGGGCAGGAGUCAUACGAUGAGUAGUCAUAGGGGACAGGUAUGGGAUAUCGCCUCAUCGGAUUAUCAUACAAUGCUCGUUUCAGCUGGCUCAGAUGGCGCUUUGAUCAUUACAAACUUCAAUGCAGGGUUUUUCAGAAAACGAAAGAUUCCUUUGGCGAUGCAUCGACUGUACGAGAUUGAUUAUAGUGAGAAAUCAGAUGAGUAUAGGAUAAUUGAUGAUAUCUUACCUGAGUCUCAAACACUCGAAAAUGCUACUUCCCGACGACCUCCUAACAUUGCCAAGAGAGCUAAACAUGACCCACCGACUCAUCUGCUGAAGACUGCGGCUUGGAGACCUGAGGUAGGGAUACAUAAAGUAACGUGGAAUGAUGGAUGUGGGUUGGCGAGAGCGGGAUGGUUGGCUAGUGGUGGUGCGAGUGGGCUGGGGAGGGUGGAAUGGAUCGAGGGAAGAUGGAGAGGUGGAAGAGCACCGUGA